AAGAAACUUCUAAGCUACAGUUCACUUGUUUCAUUACCCCGUCUGCUCGGAAAAGCAUGCUUUACGUCUCGCUAAUUGCGUUGGCCUUUUUGCUGGCGCCGGUUGGCGGCGCAAAGAGCCAAUGUUCGGUAGCCAAGGUCUGUGGCGCACUAGAUAACGUCUUGCGGCAACAAGAUCUAAUGGAAAAAAAAGUUAAUGCGAUACUUGGCGGCAGUUGUCCUGAAGCAGGUAAGUUUUAUGAAUGCCUUUAAAUUCCUUUUUCAUCCAGUGCCCGUAAAAUUUCGAGAUCAGAAGUACUAGUAACCCGUGUGCGUAACUUAUACUGACUUUUUUGCAUAAGAGCGACCUCAAUAUAUUCAUCGAGGCAAAUUUUAUCCUUUUGAGGCAAUCUUAUGGAAGAUCUUGACGAUUAAGCAUAUUUUUCGGUAAUGCGUUCAAGCCUUAAACUACUUGAACAGCUGGGUUGAUCGUCACAUUUGUGACGGCAUCGUUGACAGGAUCAUAUCCAUCAAUCAUCUGAAUACUUUAUUCACAGUUUAUAGAUUUAUAUAUUUAUUUCAAUUUCAAAAAAUUGAAGUAUGCAUAUAUUUGGCAUGUACUCUGGCACAAUUUCGGAAACUAUGAUAACAAAAAAAGAAGUCAUUAACCUAUUAAGAUGUUCUUAAAUUAAGACCUCUAUCAGGAAAGGGAUUUUUGGAUGUGAAAGGCUGGUGGAAAGAGUCAUCCUAACUUUUGAAUCUAAAUACGGUGGUUAAUUUACUUGGUAAUCAGUUCGGCAUAAAAGUAACAAAAUUAACAAAAUAAUCAUGUGUUUGGUUGGAAAAUAGAGCUGAUCAUCAUAAAAUAUAAAAUAGACUCAGCGGAAGUGAAAAUCAAACAUGAAAAAAUGACAACUCGCCUGACGGUGGUUCACAUCUCAAUGAGCCGCAACUAUACGUCAGAUCUUCUUGUCUAAGAGCUUAACAACUUUUCAUUUUCUUAUUUAAAAAAAUAUUGACUCUUUUUUUAAACCUAAGUUUCCGAUGAACAAAUUUGUCAUUUACAUAGCCCAUUCACAGUAAGGGACUCACCUCGCGGUGAAGGAUGAAGCAAAAACCACUAGUUGCGAGGUUAGGGUUGAUGAAUUAUUAAAAUGCCCUCUUCGGUCUAAAUGCAAAUGCAAAAACGUCAGAAACGUACUUUGUUUCAAAAUAAAGUGAAGUGUAACAAGGCAAAAUUUUCUUCAGAACUUAUCGUCAAAUGGUGAAAUGGUAGGAACUGGAUUUAGUCGAAUAAUCGCCGCACCAAUUAGAACAAGGCGUUGUUUAUUCGUGGAUCAUAAGAAAAAACUAGGUACAACUUUUUUAGUUUUCAUAGUCUAUCAUCAUCUAGACAAUUAUUAUGAUUCUACCUCAGCAAAAACGCGAGACAAAGGAACUCUUAACAUUUUUCUGUUUUCCCCUGAAGAGUCUUUCUUGGUUUUGCAUAACACAGUACGUAGAACCCUGGUAACUCGAACUCUGAAGGGAAAAGAAGAAUAGUUGGAGUUAGCGAGGGUUCGAGUUAUCGAGAUCGAUUGAAUCUUCAAUUUCCCACGUUAGUGUUGAAUGGUUACUGACAUUUCUGCACUCCAGUAUACAGCAGAUUGCCAAUUAAACUUAUCUCAUCAGAAAUUGUAACGCGAUUAUGCAUUUAUAUGAUAAUACACUCGGGAAAUGACUGUCAAAUACGUGCGUGAUCCGUUCGUUGCACUUGCUAUAUAAAAAAAAAUGCUGUAGUGUUUUACGGAUUUUACCGAUUGCACGACAAGGAAACGCUAAUGGGAUGGCAUCCUUCGUGAGAACCAGAAUUCGAGUUAGCGAGGUAAAUUUUGAUCAAAGGAAACGAAAUUUAGUUCGAGUUAGCGGGGAGUAUUCGAGUCAUACAAAAAAAAUAAAAGUGACUGAAAAGUAGGGUCAAAUCCAAGGGAAGUGGGGCUUAGUUGGACGGUUAGCGGGGAGUUACCUUAUCCGAGUUCGAGUUACCCGAGUCUAACUGUAUUUACAAAUGAUUGACCCUAAGUGUCUAAUUUUAAUAUCAGUAAUUUUGAAAAUGGAUUUUUGAAAUAAAUGCCGUCCCCCAAGAAACGCUGUGGAGUGUUAUCGAAUAAAUACGGUAUACCAGGCGAUACCAGGCUCUUUUAAAUUAAAUCAUUUACUUCCUAUCUUUUUGGGGACAAUUACGUCAUUCGCGGACAGAGUGAGAUCUUACAAAUUGUAUCGGUUUCCUCCAACUGUAUCCGAGUUAAGAAACGAACCAAAAGGAGACUUGCUUAUAGCGCUGAUUACCAAAGUUGCAGAGCGAGUAAGGGCAUUUUUUGUCAUUCCAAACAAAGUGCGAUCGCGUAAAUUAUACCACAUUGAGAUCAUCAAAACUUAAAGGAAAAGGCGUCAAAGGAGAUAAUGAGUUAUAUUAUGUUAGUGCUGAUAAGUUAGGCUACUUAAUGACUCAGACAGUACAACCUUUCUAUCGAUAUUGUAAAUCAACAUAUCUUUUCUACUUUAUAGAUAAGGGUCCCUUUUUAUAUGGAUGAACUUAAUGGGGUGAGUGCGCGCUUUCAAUCUCACCCGGAUGCUGCGGAAGUUGGUCAGGCUGGGAUUGUUAUGCCGGUGGCUAGCUGGUCCAAUUAGGUGAAGAAAAAAUUCAGAUAACAUGAAUGAGUGGCAUGCAAAGCCUCAAGAACCGGCACAAAAACAAAAAAUAGUUUUUUUUUUCCAGGGAUAAAAAGAAAAAAGUAGUCAAGGAUACAACAUCGUGCUCGGUUUUCUCGUUUUUUUUUUUCUCUCCAAGGGAAAAGGCUGGGUCACAAAACAGCUCAAAGGAACACUACUACCCUUCUCCAAUCCUUAAAAAUGCUUUCUUAAUCAUCGGCAAAUAGGCAAAGCUUAAUUAAAUUUUUGCUUUCACGUCCUUGAAACAGACAAAUUCUCAGUAGCCGCUGUAGUGGACUGUACGAGCCUGGUGAAAUCAUUUCCAGUCAAUUUGUACUACACGCUCAACACACAAGCCACCCUUCAAUUGUGCCGAGUCCUCGCUCAUCCUUCUGAAGAAUCGCAGACGUAUACCGUGUCAGCGGAGCUCUUUAACAAGGCUGGAUGGAAUGGAAUACACAGUGGACAUCUGGGAUUGCUGUUCAAUGUUGUGGACGAAUACAACUUUGAUUUCGUUUACCUCAGGUAACUCCUUUGCUCACAGACUUCCAAAAGUUCACACAAUGAAUAGCUAGAGGUUUAGGGGAGGGGGAGUGGGGGGUGAAGUUGUGGAGGAAUGGGGGUCAAUAGGCCUCUUGCACUAAGAGGUCACGUGACCAAUGCUCCCUUUAAACAAUGAGUUGGAAUCUUGCUGAUGCCAAAUAUUGAGAGAGCACCAAAAAAUUAUCUUACACCCGAAAUUUGAGAGGAAACGCAUUUAAGGGAGAUAUUUUAUGGCACUUUGAUUUUUCGCCAUGUUGGCGGGCAAACUCUUGCCCUCCAACAUGGCGGCCAAAACUACUUUUUGCUUAUAUCUUGUUAAACGUUUGAUAGUUACGCUCAGAUGUGCCGUAAACGCUACCACAUCAUCUUUUCAACAUUUUCCUUGAAGGUUAAGUGCAAAAUUUGUGUUCAGCAAGAGGUAAUUCAUAAUGUUAAAAAUCACAUUUUGGUCACGUGACCAGCUAAGAACUUAUUCAUUUUAAGAAAAUGGUGCGGGUUUGAAAAACCGAAUCACUAUUAUUUUGUUUAAGAUAUGACCCACUAAUCGUUUUUCGAAGGCAAAAUCAUAUAACUUUCAUUUUUCAUAAAAACGAUGUCACAUGACCUCUUAGUUCAAAUGGCCUAAGGUAAUACUAUGAGCAACGUUGGGUGUUUUGUUGGGGUUGCGGAAACCAUUGUUGGUUAGCUUCUGUGUUUUGCCAUUCUUUUGUUUUACGUCAUUAGAUGAUUGCACCCGUCCACAACACCAAGAAACUACUGGAACGUUGUUGUCCUUUCUUCUCAUGAUUUAAACAGGAUAACUCUAUCAAAAGGAAGCGGUUUCAUCCAUGAUAUUUUCCCUUUCCAGUGUUUGUGUUGUACGUCAUUUCCGCCUCUCCCUUUUAAAUGAUUUUUAUUGUGACAUUCUCCAUCUAUAUAAUAUUGUGAUUGCUACAUAAGUUCAGUAACAUCUGUAAACCUGAAGAAGGCUGGUAUGGCCAGCCGAAAUAUUGUUAUAAAAAACAAUACACGUUGUUCUGAAUCAGCUUUGCAGUAGUCUUUGGACUUCUCGAUCUUGGUUCAUUCAUACUGUUGUAAUUAUGAGUCACCUUCGUCCCCUGGGUUUUUUUUCAUGGUCCCGGGGGACGAGGUUGAAUGCAACUCAUUAUAAUUAUCAUGUCAGGAUAAACUGCACAAUUCAGUGCCACCGGAUUCAGACCUUGAGAUGAGGUGGGGAGGGGUGGUCAUCCAGACCCUUAGAUAAGGGGGGGGACGGUCUCUCAAAAAAUUGUUUUCGACCCUUCGGCCCUUAGUUUGGUCCAAAAAUAAGGGGGGGACCGGGCCCCUCCCCUGGAUCCGCCAGUGCAAUUAUUUGACUUUUCGUGCAAAGCGUAACACGUAACCUUGCCUGUUGCAUAAUGAGCGCAGAUGAAACAAUUCUAAAUUCCAGCAUGUUUUCACUUCCGUUUUCCUUCUUACCAUCAACCCAAAUAAAGACGUCUAAGGACGAGUCAGGGCCUGAAAGUCAACUGAUCAAAAGCUACUGGAAUGUAUAAUUUCGAUUUUGUGAAAAAAAAAUAAAAAACUAGCGGACGGCAGGAAGAAGAGGAUGGCAAAACAUUUGUGUGUGACAAACCUAACAAGGCUAUUACCUGCGUGUUUUGUCGUGAUCUUCACUUAACAUUAACGUUUUCUGGUCUUUUACAAAAAGAUCUGUUUGAAUGAAGGUGAAGUUUGGCGGAAGGUUUUUUACGAACACAAUUACUGUCACGUUUUCACACAAGGAUUGCCGUCUUCUUUCCUCUCCCGUCCUGUUGCGUAAGUUCAGUAUUGGCCCGGAAAGAGACGUUGUUUUGAACUCAUGCAUCAGUUAUCUAAUUUACUAACUAAUUGCAAAAUAUCCUACCACUUACUAUUCAGACCUCACUCUUCCAGUGGAUGUUAUCAGACUGGAUACAUGGCGAGUGGCAAGCUGACCUUUGUCAAAAGUGCUGCUUGUCCUAAUGGACCUCCAAAAGGUGGUGUCUGGUUCCCAGUCUCAGUCACGGUGCACGGCCAAGACGCACAGGUAUACCACAGUGGGGUCCUGGUGGCGACCAUCAAGCCCCAUUUCCCCCCUAGGGCCUGGGGAGGAGUGUUCGCUUAUAACGGUUACAAAAAUGUGAUACUCUUCGGAAAGUUCAAAACUGUUCCUAUCAUUCACGUCAGCAAGAGAUGCAAACGCGUGGUUGAGUUGCCAGGAUACACUAAAGUGGAUGCUGCCCACGGACGUUGGCCGCAGGAUGGCUUCUGUCAAGUGGCGUACCUUAGAGACCACAGUACAUCAAGUUACCAGCUCUCAGUCGAUAUGUACAACUUCAUUGGAUGGCGAGGAGCCAACUCUGGUCAUCCAGGAGUGUUGUUAAACGCCGAAGAUCAAGACAACUAUGACUUCGUCUAUUUCAGGUUUGCUGCAAUUUAUACACGCGUAAGAGGGAAGAUGUCACUAUUUUGGUUUCAAACCUGAGCGACAACCUGAAUUUUAAAAAACCUUCUUACGACCAGUUCAGUUGACGUAAAUGAUUUCGGGGUAUUAGAAAUUCUAUGUGAAGAUGGGGAGUGCUAUAUUAGCUGACAUGUUUUCGUGGCUCGGUUAUGCAAUAAACCUUUUACUGGUCUUAUAAUCGCAUUUGCUUAAUUUUAUGUAACGUUUCUUUUUAUUUCCCAGGCCUCAUUCAUCCAGCACAUGUUUUCAGACGGGUUACGUUUACAAAGGUCAACCAAAGUUUGACGGGGGAAAGUCCGCCUCUUGCCCCAACGGUCCCCCCAAGGGAGCAGAAUGGUUCAACAUCAGGGUGGCAGUGUCGAAUUCCACACCUGCCGGGGAAGUGAAGGUCUACCUGAAAGGAACAUUGGUGACGUCAUUCAACCCGCGCUAUCCAAUCAGAAAACGUGGUGGUGUCUUGGUUGCCAAUGGUUACAGUAACGUGGUGUAUUACAAAAACUUCAAGUUCUUGUAAUACACUGUCUGUAACAUAAGUCCGUUGGGUCAACAUAAAAAACGGCUUCUUCAAGCAAAGGCUUAAUAACAGUUAGAUUUAACAGGGUUAAAACCUUAUACAACUGUAGUGUCGAUCACUUGUGGUUUGGCAUCAAGGAUAACAAUUUGCAGCUUACUAAAUCAAAUGUCGUUGAAAGGAUUAAAAAUAAAAUAUAAAGCCUUUGUGUAAAGCUGUGUGGAAUCAUUUGUCUUUCAGUGCAUCUAUAGAUCAC